AUGCAUCUCCCGCUUUUAAGCCUUCUUGUGGCCGUGACAGGCCUGAGCAAUGCUGCUCCAAGCGGCUUACAUACUCAUAUACUGGCUGCCGAGUUGGCGCAGUUUGAAUUCUGGGUUCAGUAUGCAGCUGCCGCAUAUUGCCAUUACAACUUUGCCUCCAAGGCAGGCCAAAAGUUGACAUGCUGGGCAGGGAAUUGUCCAGACGUCGAGGCUGCAGACACUUCCAUUGCUUACGACUACUCGAAUACAACCACAACAGAUACCUCGGGCCAUUAUUUGGCUUUCCGUGGGUCGUACUCUGCUCGCAACUGGAUUGCCGAUGGCGAAUUUCCCUACACGGAUCCCAAGUUGUGUGAUGGCUGUGAAGCAGAAAUAGGCUUCUGGAGCUCGUGGGAGCUUGCUCGCGAGGAGAUCAUUGAAUUUGCGAACGCUGCUGUUGACGCAAACCCUGAUUAUGAGCUUGCUGUAGUUGGCCAUAGCCUGGCUGCUGCUGCCGACCUCCGUGGAAAUGGCCAUCCUUCUGCGGAGCUGUACGCAUACGCAUCUCCCCGUGUCACCAACCCUGCUCUGGCCCAAUAUAUCACCGCUCAGUCUAAUAAUUAUCGUUUCACGCACACUAAUGAUCCGGUACCCAAGCUACCCAUAUUGACUAUGGGAUAUGUCCGUGUCAGCCCUGAAUACUACGUAACCGCUCCCAACAAUGCUACAGUUUCUGCGAACCAGGUGCAAGUUUUGUGGGGUGAGAUCAACUAG